AUGCCAUCCGACAUCUCUCCGGUCGCCGAGGACCUCGGUCCUGCAGAGAGCAAGGCAUCCUCGGUCCCCAGCCAGCAUGACCUCAACGAGAAGCCCGCCGUCGGUGUAGACGUUGCACCGGUUUACGGCGAUAAGGAGGGAGGAAUUGAUUCCAAGAUCAGUCCCGGCUCUACCGACCAUGAGGACGACCGCAACAGCGACGACGUCAUCAUCAUCACCGGUGCCGAUGCAGCCACUCAUCUUCUGCCACUUCGGGAUGACGGAGACCCGGCUUUGACCUUCCGCAGUCUCGUGCUGGCCAGUGUGCUCUCAUGUUUCCAGUCUGUCAUGUACCAGAUUUAUCAGUUUAAACCAACCGCUAUUACGAUCCAAGGAACCUUCAUCGUCCUCAUCGCCUACUUUGUCGGCAACGCAUGGGCCGCCUUCCUCCCGCGCGGCGAUAAGUUCGAAGCUCGAUGGAGGGCUAAAGGAGGACAGGGCAAGCUUCCCGCAUGGAUCUCAGCUUUCAAGUUCAUCAACCCCGGGCCAUGGACUCUCAAGGAGCACGCCAUCUGCUCCAUCACCGCUACAUCGGCUUCCAACGCCGCUGCCAGCAUCCAGGUUUUCUCUGCCCAGGACCUCUUCUACGACAUGCCGCUCAAGCCAGUCACCGUCAUCUUGACUGUCAUCUCCAUUGGUCUGUUUGGCUACGGAAUCUGCGGCAUCAUGCGUCCUAUUUGCGUCUGGCACGUCGACGCCGUCUACUGGAGCACACUGCCUACAGUCAAGACUCUCCAGGGUCUUCACUGGCAGGCCGUGAAGGACUCCAAGCCCCUGCGGUACUUCUGGUACAGCUUCACGGGCAUGUUCUUCUACGAAUUCUUUCCUGCCUACAUGUUUCCGUGGCUCAACUCCGUCUCAAUCCCUUGCCUAGCUGCGAUGAAAGCAACUGGCAGCAAGGCGGCUACGCUCACAAAAGUCUUUGGUGGAGCCACAAACAAUGAAGGAAUGGGCCUUUUCACUCUUUCGUUUGACUGGCAAUAUAUCACAUCCUUCCAAACAGCUUUGCCUCUCAAGCUCCAGCUCCAUCAGGGCAUCGGUUUUGCUGUUUGCUUCAUUGCAAUGGCUGGAGUUUACUGGGGCAACGCCUGGGACGCUAAAGAACUCCCAUUUAUGUCGACCAGGCUCCGAAUGGACAACGGCACAACCUAUCCCAUCGACGAGGUCUUUGUCGGCGGCGUGCUCGACACAGACGCCUUGGCCGAGUUCGGCCUGCCGAGACUGACUGGAACGUUUGCGUUUGCUCUGUUCAUGGCCAAUGCUGCUAUUGGCGCCUUGAUUUUCCACGUCAUCCUCUUCUGGGGAAAGGACAUCAUCAACGCAUACAAGAGCGCGAAGACUGAUCAGUUUGAGGAUCCGCAUCACGCCCAUAUGACCAAGCACUACAAGGAAGCACCUUGGUGGUGGUACAUUGGCGUUCUUGUCCUCAGCUUCGUCCUCGGUCUCAUUGUAGUGCUUACUCAGGACAUCACCCUGCCGGUGUGGGCCUAUAUCGUGUCACUGGUGCUGGGGAUCAUAAUUGCGCCCUUCAGUACCCUCCUCUAUUCUCGCUGGGGUAACGGCAUUGCCACCAACAACUUGUCCAAGAUGUUGGCAGGUCUUAUGCUCCCUGGUCGCCCCGUUGGUAACAUGUACUUUGCCGCUUGGUCGCACAAUGUAAUCCUUAAUGCGGUCAACCUGUGCAAUGACCUCAAGAUGGGCGAAUAUCUCAAAAUUCCCCCUCGUGUUAUGUUCCUCACUCAAAUUUACGGUACCAUCCUGGGUGGCUUCAUCAACUACGCCGUUAUGAUUUCCAUUGUCAGCAACAACCGAGCCCUGCUCGCCGAUGGUGAUGGCAACUCUUCCUGGAGCGGUGCCACCUUGCAAUCGUACAACACGAAUGCCACUUCCUGGGCAUUAGCCUCUUAUCUUUACAAGGUUGGCGGUCGAUACCAAUUGGUUCCAGUUGGCUUGGCGGUUGGUGCCGGCCUCGUCGUUGUUCAUCGCAUCUUUGUUCGCUUUGUCCCGAAGAUCGGAAACUUCUCGACCUGGGAAAUCAAUAUGCCUCAGCUGAUCCAAUACUGCGGUUAUAUCCCCUACAACGCCAGCCAAACUUGCGUUCUUUUCAGCCAGGUCAUUGCUGGAUUCUUCGUCCAGUUCUACCUUCGAAACUACCGCCCACGCAUUUUCAAGGACUACUCGUACUUGAUCACGGGUGCUUUCGAUGGGGCCAGUCUCUCGGCUCUGUUUAUCCUCUCGUUUGCCGUUUUCGGUGCGGGUGGUCCUUCAGUUCCUUUCCCUUCGUGGUGGGGAAACAACGUCAAUGGAAACUACGACCUUUGCCCUGUGCCCGAAUAGCCCAGCAGCAAAGGUGAGCGACAUCGUCUUGUGUCUGAUUCAGCGUACAGGUUGCGGGUUCUUUAUUCACAACAUUUGCUCAGUGUUCAGUUGAGAUCGAGUGAGCCGCAAUUCUUACCAAGAUGGUGUCUUUUCUGUACCUUUAUUGUCUGUAGUUCUUGAAUGCGAUGAUAUUUACUUAUUCAUGAUUCUUCUAUUAAAGCAAAUUAGGAAGUCUCAAGUUCACACUCUGCAUCCCUGAGAAGUGUCAUCAG